AUGGAUUUUGACGAACUUGAUAAACUCCAACUGCAACAUUUGGCUGGUGCCAAUCUUGUUGAACAUACGCCACUUUUUGCCCCUGGAGAAGAGUUCAUAUUUAUACGUUCCAAGGAUGUUGUGCGCAUUUAUUCUACGGCAACGGGCGAGCAUGUACGCAAACUAGCAGACGCUAAUUGUAUUCUAGUGUCCAUGGAAUUGGAAUUGCGUGACAGUGAAACGCUAGUUGCGUGCACAACGAAAGGAGAAGUGAUUCGUUGGUUUUGGCGAAGCGGUCGACUUCAAGACAAAUUAGAUUUAAAAUUGAAUACAGAUCAAAAAGUCUUAAGUUUUAACCUAAUCAAUUUAUAUGGAAAUUCCAAAACGGCGUGUGCGUUUAUUACAAUCCGCACCGCUGUUGACGAGAUAGUUCAAUGGCGCGUUGUGGAUACAAGUAGUGCGGAACGUUUAUACGUACCCUGUAAUUUAAAGUUGUUGCCCGACGAACCCCUAAUUGCAGUGGAUACAAACAAAUACAAAAAUAUUGCUAUAGUACAAGGAGCUUAUAUAUAUUUCCUUAAUUAUAAAUCGUGGACUUGGAGGCGGUUUUUUAACGCCCACCAUGUCCCAAUUACGGUCGUUCGCGCACAUCCCUUUGAAGAAGCGAUAAUCACAGGUGACCAAACUGGCAAAAUAUUUUUGUGGAGGGAUUUUAUGUGUCAGAGUACAGUAAAGACUACCCUCUAUCAUUGGCACCACACCGCCGUGUCUAGCAUAGCGUUCACACCCAGCGGCGCAGGUUUUUACAGUAGUGGCCAAGAGUCCGUUCUUGUGUAUUGGAAUACUAAACGUCCAAAUUUACGCAAUUUUUUACCACGCAUGGGGUCUGUUAUUUGCCAACUCGCUGCUAAUGAUAGUAAUUCCCAAAUUGCUGUUUGCACAGCAGAUAAUGCCGUACAUUUUGUUGGCACUGACAAUAAAGUCAGAAGCACCCUACAGGACUUUACCUAUAUGGAAAAUGAUAAAACAGGGCAGCGUAAAUUUCCUGUUGGUCUACGUUUAAAUCCACGUACGAACACGCUUGUACUGAAUGGAAAACAUUGUCAUUUGCAGUUCUACUCCGUAUACACCAAGAACAUGUUAUAUAACAUGGAUAUUGUAAUGCAAAACGUGCUUUCUAUGGAAACUAAUAAAGUCCUCUACAACAUUAUUGUGACCAAGGCUGCUUUCAAUAUUGAUUGGAUGGCCACCGGUGAGGUUUUCAACGAUCGCGAACAUUUGCCAGAGUUGCGUUUAAAAUUUUGGAAAUAUGAUGAGGCUGCGAAAAAUUAUGUGCUAAAUACAAAUAUCGAGCUGCCGCAUGAAGGCGGAUUCAAAGCUAUCGAAUUCUCUAGUUCAAAUCAAAUGGAUAAUUUGUUGUGUGCCACCGUCGGUGAGGAUAACAUAAUCAAAAUUUGGUCGUUGGAGGAAUCGGACAAUAUUUAUAACAAAGGAAAAGUUUGGUAUUGUGUAGCGCAAACAUGCUAUCGCAACUUACCGAUUGAAUCCAUUUCAUUUUCGCAAGAUGGUUCCGUACUAGCGGCUGGUUAUGGCAACACGCUUUGUAUAUAUAAAGCUGAAAAUUUGAAACUGAAAGCAGCACUUACACCACCGCCCGGUUAUGAUGGCGUUGCGCCACACAUACAAGUAAGUUUGCGGCGCAAAGACAUCGAGUCACCACUUAAGGACGAAUUCACGCCGGAAAAACAAAAACGCUGGUUGCAACUAUUAAAUGACUUCAUCGAAAAAUAUGAUGAAACACUUAUUAAGGAACUCGAAAAGUUUGCCGAGAAAUGUGAAAAAAUUGAAUUUAAACCCAAAGAAGUGUCGGCAGAAGAAAUCGACGAAGAAACGCGAAGACAGCUCUACAAUAAAAUAAUGGAUAUGCAUGAGUUGAACUUCUUCCAUAAAGUGUUGCUCUUUCAACGGCUCGGUAUACGCGUGAAUGUCCGUCCCGAAGGUCGCGCACGUUUACUCGCCUAUUUGUACGACACAAUAUUACCAGAAGGCGAACAGAAGUGUUACCGCGAUAUGGAAAACGUGCUCAAGUGUAUGAGCACAAGAGAACGUUACAGAGCUAAGAGUCGCAUGCACGAAUAUCAAAACCGACUAAAUAAGUAUGAUGUGCAGGUGCAAAGGAAACUGCUGCCACUGAUGGAGGUGCUGAACUUUGGCGAUAAAAGUAAAGACUCAACGCUUACGAACGGCAUUAGCGCACAAUAUGACAUUUCCGCGGCAACGAGGGAGAAAACAACAACAACAGCGAAGCAAUCAGCAGCUACAGAUCUGGUUGGAGAAAUAGGUGAUCUUGACCCAGUAAGGGCUCAAAUCUCGAAGGUGCAAUUUGCGGCGGGCGAAUGGGCUCAUUUGGUCAUAGUGUGCACAGAGCGGCGUGUUUUAAUUUUCAAUUUACUUACGCUACGUUUACAUGCGGCGUGCAAAUUGUCUGUCGAGCAUUUGGCCUUCGAUCCAAUCAGCAACCUAUGCGCUGCCUUUACCAAGUAUAACGAAUUGUACGUUUUCCAACCAAAUGUGCCGCUACCCAUAUAUCAACGACGCAAUUUGCCCCGUUUGUAUGGCGCGAUUUGGCUCCCACGUCGGCAUCCCAAGAACCGUUCCAUUAAUGUUGACUGGCAGGCACAAUCCACAUUAUACUUUUUAACAGAAGAUCAGGAAAUUAAAUAUUUGGGUGUGCCAGACAGUGUGGACGAUGACGCGCCGCCUCCAAUUACCUUUAGCAAUCCGGCCAAUCAAGCGUUGCAAUACAGUACCUUCGGCACUUUUGCUACACAACAACAUUCUGAUAUGCAGACCAACUCCCGACAACCGAUCGGACCACUGGUUAUCGGUAAUUCUAGCAAAAUGGCUGUGAAAUCGCUAAUUGAGAUGUCCACACACACAAUGCCGCCACUAAGUCUGCUAGCUGCCGAUUUUGUGAAGUCUCUCUUAAAAACUGCCGUUACGCAAGAGAAAGAUGAAACAGUGCAGGCGGAGAAAACAAACAAACCCCUGUAUAAUAGAAGAAAAAUGCUUAAUGGCGGCGCGGCUGUUUUUAUGAAUGGACAUGACGGUCACUCGACCGAUGAUGAUGAAAGUGCCGAAGAAGAGUUGGCUGCCGACGCAAAAGUGAAAGUGAAAACGAAGCGCAACACAACUAAUGACGAAGAUGUCGAGAUGGUCGAGGAGGCAACUGCCAUGGAAAAACGGAAGAGUUUUAUUAUGAAAAGCGAAGCAAUCAAUGCAAAUGCGGCGAAAAGUUCUUUAGCCCAGCAGAGACACGACAACGAGGCACAGUUGAAACGUAUUUCAGCAUAUAAUGUAGAGUUAGAAUUUUGAAACAAUAAUUAGUUAAAGAGCUAGUAAGUGAAAUAUUAGAAUCAGACUAAAACUGCUACUAAUGCUAAUGUAAUACAAAUUACAGUAAUAAUUUUUUCUAAACGCUUAGUUCCUACUAAGCUAAAUAUAUUUAAAUCCGUUUCAAUAUGUACAAUUUUGUAUAACUGUAAAACACACAAACCACAAAUGUAUCAAUUUGUCUCAUUUACUCUGCGACUGUGCAACACUUAAUGUUUAUGACUGCAAUGAAAUAUUUUUAAAAUAUAAAUUAAAUCUGUUGUAAUAUAAUACAAAUACACGAUUUUGUUUGUUGACAACGAAUCCUAAAUAAAAAUACAUUUUUAUAAGUAUGAUAUUUUCGAUGCUAAA